UCUAUAUUUUAAUGUUACAGGAAAGUCUCUUUAUGUGAAGAGGCUGCAUGAGAAAAUGAAGAUGCAGUUACACAGGGAAAAUGUGCCUCUGAAAACCAUUCGACUGAUCGACCCUCAGGUGGAUGAGAGCCAAGUCCUGGGCGCCCUCCUGCCCUUCCUGGAUGUGCAGUAUCAGAAGGUCCCCAUGCUCUUUCACCUGGACGUGACCUCCUCGGUGCAGACUGGAAUUUGGGUGUUUCUUUUCAAGCUUCUCAUUUUACAAUACCUAAUGGAUAUAAAUGGGAAAAUGUGGCUUCGGAGCCCCUGCCAUUUGUACAUCAUUGAAAUCCUGGAAAGGAGGACUUCAGCGCCGUCCAGGAGGCCUUCAGUGCUGGUCGGUACCGUGGGGUGUUUUCACAUGGUGUCGGAGGGUCUUGGGAUCCUUCCAGUCUUAAUGAAGUAGAGCGAUGUGUUUAGGUGACUCCACACCUUUGCCUUCCU